AUGCUUCAAAUGAUGGACCUUUUGCAGAACAAAAUCGAAAAACAAAACGAAACGUUUGAAAAUCAAGAUAAUAUGAUUCAACAUUUAAUAAAAACCACAAAGCAGUCCCCUUUGUCAAAUACUCUAAGAAAGGAAAUUUCACUUAUCGUUGCUCUCACAAUCCAGCUCAGUAACAAGUUUGGCGCUGUUCAAGCCCUUUCAUCGUUAAUGACCAAACAGGAAGAGAAGAUAAAUUAUCUGGAUACAAAAUUCAAUGAAAAAUUUGAAACUAUAGAUCAGAAUUUCUCCAAUUCUCUUCAGAAAACAGUCGAUCAAGUAGCAUCCAAUAUGAAAUCUAUUAAAGCAAUCGAGCAAUCUUUAAAAACACUCUAUGUGGAAGAACAGGACAACGAGAAAAAGAUUGAGAUUGUGUCAAGCGAUGUAAAAUCUCUACAAAAUGACUUAAAUAUGACAAAAAGCGAAGUAACAUCUCUACAAAGUGACUUAAACACAACAAAAAGCGACCUAACGUAUCUACAAAGUGACAUAAACUUGACAAAGAGCGAUGUAACAUCUCUACAAAGUGACAUAAACUUGACAAAGAGCGAUGUAACAUCUCUACAAAGUGACAUAAACUUGACAAAGAGCGAUGUAACAUCUCUACAAAGUGACAUAAACUUGACAAAGAGCGAUGUAACAUCUCUACAAAGUGACAUAAACUUGACAAAGAGCGAUGUAACAUCUCUACAAAGUGACAUAAACUUGACAAAGAGCGAAGUAACAUCUCUACAAAAUGACUUAAACAAGACAAAGAGCGAAGUAACAUCUCUACAAAAUGACUUAAACUUGACAAAGAGCGAAGUAACAUCUCUACAAAAUGACUUAAACUUGACAAAGAGCGAAGUAACAUCUCUACAAAGUGACCUAAACAUGACAAAGAGUGAAGUAACAUCUCUACAAAGUGAUUUAAACAUGACAAAGAGCGAAGUAACAUCUCUACAAAGUGACUUAAACUUGACAAAGAGCGAAGUAACUUCUCUACAAAGUUACUUAAAUAUGACAAAGAGCGAAGUAACAUCUCUACAAAGUGACUUAAACAUGACAAAAAGCGAAGUAACAUCUCUACAAAGUGACAUAAACAUGACAAAGAGCGAAGUAACUUCUCUACAAAGUGACAUAAACUUGACUAAGAGCGAAGUAACAUCUCUACAAAGUGACAUAAACUUGACAAAGAGCGAAGUAACUUCUCUACAAAGUGACAUAAACUUGACUAAGAGCGAAGUAACAUCUCUACAAAGUGACUUAAACUUGACAAAGAGCGAAGUAACAUCUCUACAAAGUGACUUAAACACGACAAAGAGCGAAGUAACAUCUCUACAAAGUGACUUAAACUUGAUUAAGAGCGAAGUAACAUUUCUACAAAGUGACUUAAACUUGACUAAGAGCGAAGUAACAUCUCUACAAAGUGACUUAAACUUGACUAAGAGCGAAGUAACAUCUCUACAAAGUGACUUAAACAUGACAAAGAGCGAAGUAACAUCUCUACAAAGUGACUUAAACUUGACAAAGAGCGAAGUAACAUCUCUACAAAGUGACUUAAACUUGACUAAGAGCGAAGUAACAUCUCUACAAAGUGACUUAAACAUGACAAAGAGCGAAGUAACAUCUCUACAAAGUGACUUAAACUUUACAAAGAGCGAAGUAACAUCUCUACAAAGUGACUUAAACUUGACAAAGAGCGAAGUAACAUCUCUACAAAGUGACUUAAACAUGACAAAGAGCGAAGUAACAUCUCUACAAAGUGACUUAAACAUGACAAAGAUCGAAGUAACAUCUCUACAAAGUGACUUAAACUUGACUAAGAGCGAAGUAACAUUUCUAAAAAGUGACUUAAACAUGACAAAAAGCGAAGUAACAUCUCUACAAAGUGACUUAAACUUGACAAAGAGCGAAGUAACAUUUCUACAAAGUGACUUAAACAUGACAAAAAGCGAAGUAACAUCUCUACAAAGUGACUUAAACAUGACAAAGAGCGAAGUUACAUCUCUACAAAGUGACUUAAACUUGACUAAGAGCGAAGUAACAUUUCUACAAAGUGACUUAAACAUGACAAAAAGCGAAGUAACUUCUCUACAAAGUGACUUAAACUUGACAAAGAGCGAAGUAACUUCUCUACAAAGGGACUUAAAUAUGACAAAGAGCGAAGUAACAUUUCUACAAAGUAACUUAAACUUGACAAAGAGCGAAGUAACUUCUCUACAAAGUGACUUAAACUUGACAAAGAGCGAAGUAACUUCUCUACAAAGUGACUUAAAUAUGACAAAGAGCGAAGUAACAUCUCUACAAAGUGACUUAAACAUGACAAAGAGCGAAGUAACUUCUCUACAAAAUGACUUAAACUUGACAAAGAGCGAAGUAUCUUCUCUACAAAGUGACUUAAAUAUGACAAAGAGCGAAGUAACAUCUCUACAAAGUGACUUAAACAUGACAAAGAGCGAAGUAACUUCUCUACAAAAUGACUUAAACUUGACAAAGAGCGAAGUAACAUCUCUACAAAGUGACUUAACAUCUAUACAAAGUGACUUAAACAUGACAAAGAGCGAAGUAAUUUCUCUACAAAAUGACUUAAACUUGACAAAGAGCAAAGUAACAUCUCUACAAAGUGACUUAAAUAUGACAAAGAGCGAAGUAACAUCUAUACAAAAUGACUUAAACAUGACAAAGAGCGAAGUAACAUCUCUACAAAGUGACUUAAACUUGACAAAGAGCGAAGUAACAUCUCUACAAAGUGACUUAAACAUGACAAAGAGCGAAGUAACAUCUCUACAAAGUGACUUAAACUUGACUAAGAGCGAAGUAACAUCUCUACAAAGUGACUUAAACAUGACAAAGAGCGAAGUAACAUUUCUACAAGGUGACUUAAACAUGACAAAGAGCGAAGUAACAUCUAUACAAAGUGACAUAAACUUGACUAAGAGCGAAGUAACAUCUCUACAAAGUGACAUAAACUUGACAAAGAGCGAAGUAACUUCUCUACAAAGUGACAUAAACUUGACUAAGAGCGAAGUAACAUCUCUACAAAGUGACUUAAACUUGACAAAGAGCGAAGUAACAUCUCUACAAAGUGACUUAAAUAUGACAAAGAGCGAAGAAACUUCUCUACAAAGUUACUUGAACAUGACAAAGAGCGAAGUAACAUCUCUACAAAGUGACUUAAACAUGACAAAGAGCGAAGUAACAUCUCUACAAAGUGACUUAAACUUGACUAAGAGCGAAGUAACAUCUCUACAAAGUGAUUUAAACAUGACAAAGAGCGAAGUAACAUCUCUACAAAGUGACCUAAACAUGACAAAGAGCGAAAUCACUUAUCUACAAAGCAUAGUUUCUCAGGAACAGCUUCGUACAUCAGAUGCAUUAGCUUCACUGUUAAAUAAGUAUUCUUCGCUUGCAAGAAACUUGACCGAAAUGUUAUCUCAAAUGAAUAGUAAAAUGACAAUUCUUGAUUCACGCGUUCAUGAUCUAGAAGAAGUGAAUACUUCAACUAAACAGUCUUUGAAUACACUUGCAACUAAAGAACAUUACAUCGAGAGACAGCUCGUGACUUUGUUGAAAGACUUAAACACAACACAGACUGAAGUAUUAUCUCUGCAAAACACAGUUUCUCAAGACCAACUAUCAGAUGAAUUGGUUUCACUAUUAAGCAACUAUUCUUCAAAUUUAACCGUUCUUCGAAAACUUGCAGCAUUAGAAAAUAACAACGAAAAAAGGUUCGAGACUUUGUCAAUUAACUUAAAUAUAAUACAAAGCAGGCUUAGUUUUCUACAAACCAGAUUAUCUCAGGAUCAACUUCGAACAUCAAAUCAAUUGGCUUCACUCAAGAAAUCGGGAUCUACUGAAAUAUCACAACUGAAAAGCUUGACAACAAGUUUGGAUUCACGCAUUCUUGUUUUGGAAAAAGAAUAUAUUUCUAGCGUAAGACUGGUUGAUGGGAAUUUGACUGGAGAAGGGCGUGUUGAGGUGACAUACAAUGGCCAUUGGGGGACCGUUUGUGAUGACUCUUUCACAGACACAAAUGCUCAGGUUGUUUGUCGACAGCUGGGUUAUGCAUGGAAUGGUGCAAUUCAAAAGCAGAGGGCUCCAUAUGGACAAGGAACGGGAGCAAUAGUUCUAGAUAAUGUCUCUUGCAGAGGAACAGAAAAGGCCAUAGCAAAUUGUCAGCAUAAUGGAUUUACAAUGGAAGAUUGUUCCCAUAGUGAAGACGUCGGUGUUGUGUGCUUCUCGGUCCGCCUGACUGGUGGAUCUUCCUCUAGAGAAGGAACUGUGGUCGUGACACUAGGAAAUACAGAGGGGAGUGUGUGUGAUGACCACUGGGAUACUGAUGACGCACGUGUGGUUUGUAGGAUGCUGGGAUAUACUGGAACUGCUGAGGCGGUGAUAUUCGCUCGGUUUGGUGAAGGAACAGGACAGAUAUGGAUGGAUAACGUUGAUUGCAAAGGCAAUGAGACAUCUCUUGCUCAUUGUUCAUUUAGUGGUUAUGGAAAACAUAAUUGUGGACAUCACGAAGAUGCUGGUGUCAUAUGCCACUAAUAUUAUGGAAUUUACAAAGAUUUUUAUUUUAUAUUUCUUAUAAUAUUUUUUUAUCUGUCAGUAUUCAUUAACAUUGAAUUAUUUACGCACGAAUCUAUAUGCUUCCGUAGUGUCCCGUUUCUG